UAAAGGAAUCACGGUCCUAAGGUACAUGCAGGCAAUAAAAGUUUUCUGCAACCAAUCCAUUUGACCAUCGACUCCACAGAGAGUUUACGUCAUUCUGACUCCAAAAUUCAUCAACCAUGACAACACUUCCAAGUCGGCGACAUGUAACGUGCGUCAUUUACCUCGGAUUACAUCUAUGCUUGAGCCCAGCCCCCGCAGCCCUUGGGUUCACGAACCCAUAUUCGACAGCUCCAUUUCAGUCACAAUUCUCAUAAGUUUCCUCCCCACAAUUGUUUCCAGCUAUCCUAUGUAUUUAUCAGCUCUUGAUGUUACACCUCUAGCUAUGACUGGGCUGGUUGCCUUGUCAGGGCACCAGCCGCCUUCGCCCAUCCUUGCUCCUGGCCAAGAUACCAGCGAGCCUCUCGAGACAGCAAUUGAACCGGAUAACACCCAGGCCAUGAGCCCGCGGAUGACGAGCGAAGAGGUCGAAGCGUUGAAGUGUGAAAUGCAUACUGGAUUGCACCGGCAUGCGAAAGCUUUGCAGGACUCGCUACUCCUCAUCUUUAACCGCAUCGAGGCAGCUGAAAAGGGAAACGAGAAGCUAGACAGCAACAAAAAGGUGCUGCAGAAAUAUAUCGAGGACUUGACUAGCAUGCACCAGACCACGGCUUUGGACAGGCACGAGAAGUACUGAGCUUUUCUUGGGGAAGUUUUUGUCGUGCCGCAAACGUCCGGGCGAGGCUUGUCCGUUUUGGGAGGAAAGUUC